AUUAAAAUUAUUAAAAUUAUUAUUUUUAUUUGUGUGGGUUAUUAAAUAGUCUGGCUCUGUGACUCUGUGCCAAAGUUUUGUACCUACUCAAAUACUCAUCUCCCUACAGUGGUCUUAUACUAGUUUGAAUUGAAUCUGUGAGACAAACAAAACCCACAUCAUAAGAAUCUGUGGAUCCGAUUUGGCAAGUUGGGAUUUUGGUAAAGUAUCGAAAUAGUAUCGAAUAUCAAAUGGGUUCUUGUUGUUCUACGUCCAAAGGCAUGGGAAAGAGGAUUGAUACGGUGGAGCUGAGCACAGUAGACUCGGCUGAUGAUGCUUCUCCAAAGACCAAGAAUAGCUCCAAAAGGUGGAAGAGAAAGAAGACAGGAGGUGACCAAGUUGGUUGUAAAGAUUUGGGUCAUGAGAUUGAUAUUCCGGGUAGAUUGAUCGCCAAUGGAGGUAGCAAAGUUGCCUGCUUGUAUACUCAGCAAGGCAAGAAAGGGACCAAUCAAGACGCCAUGCUUGUCUGGGAGAAUUUCUGUACAAGAAAUGAUACAAUAUUUUGUGGGGUAUUUGAUGGCCACGGUCCAUUUGGUCAUAUGGUUGCCAAGAAAGUUCGGGAUUCUCUUCCUCUUAUACUAUGUACUCAGUGGAAAGCUAAUUCAAACGGUGAGCUGAGCAAUCUCGGUACGACUGAAAAUGCAAAUGGAAACUCUAAUAUUGAAGAAACUGCAUCUCCAAGCAUCGAUGAUGAAUGGUGUGAGCCAUUGGAGGUUCAGGAAAAUGAAAAACUACCUGACAUGUAUCUACCACUAAAAAGGUCAUUCUUAAAGGCUUUCAGGUUAAUGGAUAAGGAAUUAAAAUUGCAUCCAACAAUUGAUUGCUUCUGCAGUGGCACGACUGCUGUUACAUUGGUAAAACAGGGUCAGAAUCUUGUACUUGGAAAUGUUGGGGAUUCGAGAGCUGUGCUGGCAACGAGAGACAAAGACAACUCUUUGAUUGCUGUACAAUUGACAGUAGACCUGAAGCCUGAUCUUCCUGCGGAAUCUGCUAGGAUCCAUCAAUGCAAGGGAAGGGUAUUUGCUUUGCAGGAUGAGCCAGAAGUUGCUCGUGUAUGGUUGCCUAACAAUGAUUCUCCUGGUUUGGCAAUGGCUAGAGCCUUUGGGGAUUUCUGUCUAAAGGAUUUUGGUUUGAUUUCUGUCCCUGAUGUUUACUAUCGUCAACUUACAGAAAGAGAUGAGUUCAUUAUUCUGGCCACUGAUGGGGUCUGGGAUGUCCUUUCAAAUAAGGAGGCUAUUGAAAUUGUAGCUUCUGCCCCAGGUCACACCACAGCAGCCAGGGCUCUUGUGGACUGUGCCGUUAGAGCCUGGAGGCUCAAAUACCCUACUUCCAAGAAUGAUGAUUGUGCUGUUGUGUGCCUCUUUCUAGAACAGUUGUCUGUUGGUGCUGAGGUUGUGACAGAAAAUGACGUGUCAAAGAUUAAUGGAGAGGCAAUGGAGAGGAUGGCAAUAACAGAUGAGAAGACUGAAGAUUUAGAGAUCAGUGAUUCUCAUGCCGUUGUUCUUGAGCAUUCGGGUACUGUACGAAGUUCUGAUGAAAUUGUGCCCAUAUUUGAGUCAACAGAACAAAAGCUUCCUACAAAGUUCGAGGGCCAGUCGAAAAGAAGCUUAGCAGAAUGUAUUUCAACUACAGAGGAUGAGGACUGGUCAGCCUUGGAAGGUGUUACCCGGGUUAAUAGUCUGUUAAGCCUUCCCAGACUCUUAUCUGGCGACAAAAGAGCUGCCAGUUGGAGAAAAAAGUGGCUAUGAAGCAUCUAAAGGCUGUCAAUCCAUUUCAAUCUCAGCAAAAAAGAUCAUAAACAAUACCUGUGUCACGGCCUCUUUCUCCAAAAGCUGAUUGUUCAAAUUCACAUCCAGUAAGAGAAUCUAGAGGCCUCAGGUUGCCAGAUACGAUAUCCACAGGUAUCGAACAAUCCCUAGAUAAAUGAGUUAGCCACUAUAUGUUAAGAAGCUUCUAUUUUGUUGACCAUAGUGGUGGCCGCGCAGAUGUUGUUGGUGAUAUUGGCCUUUGGAAUAUGGAUGGACAACCAUAUUGUAGUCUAGUGCAAUUCAGCUGUCGUUUUGUGUUACUUUGUCAUUUUCUCUGUAGACAUUUUUGCUUGCAGUACACUCUACAAAUUUGAUUUAUUUGGCGGGGAAGGAUUGUCAACGCCUUGCACA